UCCCUCUCUCUCUCUAGACGCUCCCUCCCCCUCUCUCUCUCUGGGUACUAUGUGAACUCUCUCUCUCUCUGGGUAAUAUAUGAACUCUGCCUGCGUCUUUUAGUGGUGUUCUAUAAAUGAACCUUUUUCUCUCUCCAUAAACCCUUCUCCUCUCUAUGACCUCUCUUUUCUCUGUGAGUUUCUUCCUUGUCACGUCCGUCAUGGCUUACCUGCUUCACGUUGCGUUGUAAAUAGAGGAACUCCAUGACCGUGCCUCUGUGAAAUAGGGGAACUCCAUGACCGUGCCUCUGUGAAAGUAGCUGCGGAGCUAUUGUAAGGAUAUUAUGGAGGGUCUACCUUCUGUAUUUAUCUCAGGGUUUACCAGCAUCGAUGUUCGCAAGGCCAGAAAGAAACCCCACAUCCAUUUGCUUUUACAAGCAGUUUUAGAGUGAGAAAGCGGGUGCUGGCAAUGUGGUGGUGAUUUUGUGCCCAUGUCUAUGUAUUGGUAGUUUUGGAGUGAGAAAGUGAGCACUGGGAAUGUCGUGGUUAUGUUGGGUUUUAUCCAAGUCUCUGUGUGAGCAGUUUUAGAGUGAGAAAGUGGGUGAUGGCAGUUUGGUUGUGGUGGUUUUGGGUUUUAUGGGGUUUAAGGGUGGCGUGGGGAGUUGGGGUGAAUUGGGGUUCUCUUUCUUCUAAUCCUCUUCCACCUGCCAUUGUUGUGAAUGUUCUCCUCGCUAACAAUGUGAGCAAAGUGAAAUUGGAUGAUGCUGAUCCUUUGGCUCUUGAAGCUCUCAGUGGAACAGGAAUCAGAGUAAUGGUGGGUAUCCCAAAUUCUAUGCUUAAGGCUCUCAACUCAUCGAAGCUCGCUGCCUCUGCUUGGGUCCACGAUAACAUCACUCGUUACCAAUCGAAAACCGGAGGCGUUAUUAUCGAUGGCAGGGGAGAAGCAAAUGGAGGCGCAAGGAUGAGAAGUCUAAGGUCUAUUGCUAUUGGAGACGAACCAUUUCUACAUAUAUACAAAGGCCAAUUCCAGCCAUAUGUUGUGGGUGCAGCCAUCAACAUUCAACUAGCACUCGUCAAAGCUCGACUUGAAACCAGGGUCAAAGUAGUGGUCCCAUGCAAUGCUGAUGCCUAUCUCUCUAACCCCUCAGGCCUCCCUUCCGAAGGCCACUUUCGACCCGAUCUUAACUCAACCAUGCUUCAACUUCUCUCCUUCCUCUCCAAGAACCGUUCGCCCUUUGUCAUAAACCUCUACCCUUUCCUAAAUGUCUAUCAAAACAAGAGCUUCCCCAUAGAUUAUGCUAUCUUUCGCCCCAGUUCCCACCAUCUUAAGGAUGGCAAAAGCACCUACGGAAACUACCUUGAUCAAAGCAUCGACACUCUCAUAACUGCCUUAUCUAAUCUGGGUUUUGGUAAAAUGGAAGUUCUGAUUGGGAAAAUAGGUUGGCCAACUGAUGGGUCUCGAAACGCCACCUCAGCGAAUGCGAGGGCCUUCCUUCAAGGUCUUAAGGAUCAUUUAAAGAGCAAAAGUGGCACACCACUAAGGCCAAAUAGAACUAUAGUGGAAGAGUUCUAUAUCUUGAGCUUGUUAGAUGAAAACGAGAGGAAGUUAAUCAAUGGGGGGUUCGAGAGACAUUGGGGUGUGUUCACUUUUGAUGGCCAGGCUAAGUACCAAGUGGAUCUAGGCCAAGGUUCAAGGGACCUAGUAAAUUCAAAAGGUGUGGAGUAUAUGUCGCUGAAGUGGUGUGUAGUGAAUAACAAUAAGGACAUUUCAAAUGUCUCAGCUAAGGUUCAAGAGGCUUGUGCUGAGGCUGAUUGCACGGCUUUGUUAGAUGGUGGUUCUUGCUUUGGUUUGGGGUGGCCAGGAAAUGCAUCGUAUGCCUUUAAUAGUUAUUACCAAGCUUGGAAUCAGACGUCUGAGGGGUGCAACUUUGAUGGGCUGGGGUUAAUCACAACUGUUGAUCCCUCAGUGGGCCAAUGCAGAUUCCCUGUAGGCCUUAACGAGUCAAGAGCUAUAGCAUCCAUGUGCAACAUGUUUCUUGCUGCCAUGUUAAGCGCUGUUGCUUUCUAUCUGAUCAGUUUUGUGAGUUAAACUUUAGCAUCCACGUGCCAUAGAUAUUUCUCCUGAAAGACAAAUGCAACCUCAGUUGUAGUUUAUACUGUUCCCCCUUUUUUUUCUUCUAAUGGGUGGGUAAGUUGCAUUUUGAACUUCAGGCAUUAGUUUUCAAGCUUUUAUGCCCUCACCACAAUGCUGAAUUUGAACAGAGUUAUACUUUUAUGUCGCAAAAAUUUCAGAUUUGGAAAUGUACAAGGGAAGCAUAGUGAAAGAGAGAUUUAGAGUUUCUAAUAAGAGCAGUGUUUUAUUAAAAAGUGAGAGAUGGAGAGACCUUGUUUCCCCAUUGAGCUGGAUGAACCUCAGAGUUACUUCUUGAUGUGAACUGUGAAGAUGGGAUUUUCUUUUCUUA